AUGGAGCCCUUCGAGGUUGAUCUAGGAGCCGUGUUAGACUCCACCCAGCAUUGGUUAUUGAUAUUCUUCCUGAUCCUUGGGCUGCUUCUAGCGAAUGCCAUAUACCGACUUUAUUUCCAUCCUCUGAGCAAUUAUCCUGGACCGAAAAUUGCAUCUCUAUCAGACAUCCCGUAUUUAUAUUGGACCUAUGCCGGCAAUCUUCAAUACAAGAUUAAAGAAUUCCACGACAAAUAUGGACCAGUUGUCCGACUGGGGCCAAACUCCCUAGUGUACAGGAACCCACAGACCUGGAAAGAGAUCUACGGCCAUAAGAGAGAGGGAUACAAAUCUUUCCGCAAGGAUCCAACAUUUUACGUACCUGCUCCAACCGGUGUAACCUUAAUUGGGGCCAAUGAUGCGGAUCAUAGUCGAAUCCGACGUCUCUUCUCCCAUGCGAUGUCCGACAGGGCCCUGAGGGAGCAGGAGCCCAUCAUGCAGUUCUAUGUGGAUCAGCUCAUGCACAGGCUGUACGGAGAGGUGGCCGCCUCCCGCCCAACCGUCAGUAUCGGGCGAUGGUUUGACCUGACCACCUUCGACAUUAUCGGCGACAUGGCUUUUGGUGAAGCCUUCGGCUGUCUCACCCAGGAAAACCCAGAUCCUUGGGUGAACUAUGUUUACUCGGGAGUAAAGGCGGCCGAGUUCCAACGCGCUCUUCUCAUGUAUCCAGGGCUGGCCUGGAUUAUAAACAAGCUCCUCAUCCCCAAGACCCUGGUCGAGGAGCGAAAAGCACACUUUUUCAUGAGUGCAGACAAGUUCCGUCGUCGGGCUGAGGCCAAUAUCGACCAUCCAGACAUGAUGACCUAUGUGCUCAAGUUUGACACGGAGAAAGGAAUGACGGAUCGUGAGCUGGAAGCCAACGCAGGACUGAUCCUCACUGGUGGCAGCCAGACCACCACCACCUUACUGAGCGGAUGUAUCUUCUACCUUGCCCGGAAUCCUGCUGUAUUGACACGGCUGGUGGAUGAGCUCCGGGGAUCCUUCCAGAGCAAGGAGGAGAUCACAUUUUCAGCCGCCCAGAAACUCCCUUACCUUCGUGCUGUCAUUGAAGAGACUCUUCGAAUCUAUUGCCCUACCCCGUCAAUUUUCCCCCGGCUAGUUCCAAAAGGUGGAGCCAUGGUGGAUGGCAAAUUCGUCCCCCAAGAUGUCUCAGUCUCUGUAGCUCACUAUUCCACAUAUCGGUCUAGAAGUAAUUUCGCAGACCCCGACCUAUUUAUUCCAGAGCGCUGGCUGAACGAUGCUCCGCCGAAAUUUCAAUCCGACCAGAAAGAAGCUUUACAGCCUUUUUCGUAUGGGCCACGGAACUGCGUUGGAAAAAAUAUCGCUUACGCCGAGGUCCGGAUUGUUCUUGCCAAACUCCUCUGGCAUUUUGACAUCAUCUUAGACCCUCAGUGUGAGAAAUGGGACACACAGAAGUCGUACAGUGUUUGGGAAAGGCCGCCGUUACUGAUUACUAUCACCCCCAUCCGAGAACAUUCCGUGUAUGAGGCUCCUAGUCACAUGUGGAAGCAGUCAUAG